AGUGUUGAUUCCUUUCUUUUUCGAUACUGAAAACGAGCGGAGGGUAUUUAGCCCGUUAUGUUUAAGAAACUCACGGAUGAGUCAGAGGGCGCUAAUGUGAGGCUGGCGAGUACACAAGCAUUUUCUAUGCGGAAGUACACGAGCGGUUCUCUUGCCAUUGGUAAAACGUGCUCAGGGAAUAUGUUACAUUGUUUGCAGUGAAGACACGCUUGCGUUAUGUGUAGCUCUGAAUUCUGUCUUCACUGAACAUCCAGUCGGUGGCGAUCUAUUUAAGAUUUAAAAGUAACUGGGCGAGAAGGAGUUAGCAAAUUCAAAAUGGCUUCCCCUCCUUGUCGUCGCCUCCGCUCCCCAGUUCAUUUUUUGUGCCUUUGGCGGUGAAGACAAAGCAUGCUGUAUUAGCAGCGACCGGGGAAGUAGGAUGAGUCCAGUCGUUAGAGAUGGCUCACGACUCUCUCUGUCCGCAUUUCAUCUUUUGUGCAAUUAGUAAAAACUUCAUCGUUUGAAUAUUAGUGGUGUUUGAUCAGUCGAAGACUCAUAACCGGUAGGGGAAUACCGAAAACGUCAACGUGGUGGGGGAGGGGAAGUGGGUUGCUACUUGGGUGGAGCUUGUAGCUAUAUUUCAUUUAUAAUGGAGGGAGGUGGAUCAAUCGGAGCGAGUUAGAUUUAACGUGUGCUGUAUGUCCACUGUCUCACUUCAGCGGGGUCGGGGUUGGUGUUGGGUGGGAAUUUCGAAAGAUCUGAAUCGGCGGCCCGGGAAUCGUAGCUAAAUGUUUUCUUCACCUGUGUUUGCGUGACAUGAUAUAUUUCAGGUGUAACGAACCUUCUGGCCUGUAGGGGGCGAAUGGAGCGCAGUAUGGAGUUGUUGCCAGGGCUGACGAAUCUCCCAGCAGAAAAUGUUAUGGAUUUUUGCCACGGGUACAGAUCUUCAGCUGAUCUAGGCCACAACACCAGUUUAAGUUUUCACUGCCCAGCCGAAAACAAGAUUGCUCACAUGAGUUGUUGCAAAAAUGACCAUCCUAUUCAGGGCUGUGAAAAUACUUAAUCUACGAGCAAGCUUGCUGUCUGCUUGGCUAGCUCUGCCAGUGCUGAAGCUCAGAUAAGCACCAACCAGUUCCUUAUACCUGCUAGCUACGGAGAUUGUUAACUGUUAAAUAAGACUGUUAAAUAAAAACACGUUGAAAUUUUUACGGUCUUGCAAACAUUUAUCACGGUCUCCUCGUAUAGCAGUCCCACCAUUCUAGAAUGUUUACUUGUAAAUGUCUUGUACACACUCCCCAUAUUAACUCCAAUAUCAUUGACUGAAAAAAUGAUCAAAGGUUUGUCAAUUUAAUGUGUAUGUUAUGUUUUUUUUAAUACGUCUGUUCUUUGCUGCCAGGUUGUAAGUUAUACUAAUUUGCUGAAGUGUUUUGGAGUAACAGUUCUGCCCUCAAUAUGGUCCUUUUUCAGGUUUGCAGUGGCCGUCCCGUAGUUUGUGGAUGACCUCCCUUUUAAUUUUAUGAAUUUCCCAUUUCUCCUUUUGUUCCUGUUUUCAGUUUCAGUAUAAGUAAUGUAGAACAACAGCAUAUACUGUUUGGUUCUUUUUUUCCGUAGGAGGUGUGCCACCUCAGCUGACCGAGUUUGUAAAAUGAUUCAUUCUACAUCCAUGUUCUAAAGAUGCUUUACAACUCUUUUUGUGUAUAUAUACUCACAGGAUACACGUCAAUUUGACAGAUCCCUAUAUACUUUCAGUAUAAGAAGGGUAGAAGAGAAGACUUGAAUGAAUGCUGAACACAGUUUUUCCCUAUAAUACUUAUUAAACUGGCAGGGCACUGCAGGUGUUGUAUUGACCAACAUGUCAAGUAUCCAUAGUGACGCCUUGCAGUAAGCGUGUCGGGGGCUUGACAGCUUAUACAGCAUUUGGCACUGGACGGGAUUAAUAUUUGCUGAAUUUAACUGUUCUCUUCCAUUUCAGAGGAAUGGCAGAAGUGAGUGCUUGUAUGUUUUGUAUGUAGGUGAAGGGUUGUCUUGGCAAAGAUAGGAGAGGAAUGCUGUCAGAAGUGACCUUUUAAUGUCUUCUUGUUGCAUCUAACUUGCUUUUGAUUUCAGUAAGAUGCCCUAAAAUGUGUUCCGAAAGUACUGCCUAAAACUCUGUCUUUGCAAACUUCUGCAGGCAGAGUAAGAUACGGAGUGCACACAGUUGCACACACCUAAUGUAUAACAUUUUUACGGUGGUUGUAGUUUUUAGUUUGGUCACAGCAGAUACAGUGUUUCAGCUUGUAUUGUGAUGUGACUACAGUUCUGGGAUGUCGCACUUGUGUCAGGUAGGACAAAAUUCCCAUGCCUUAGACUUCAUAUUUGCCCUGCUGUGUCAUGUCCAGCAUAUCCAUAGAUGUGGGUUGCAUUCAAGGCUGUAGCAGUAAUAAAAAAAAUUAUUUCCUCCCUGAAAUCCAAACCUCCCAUGUCUUUCUGUUUGUUUUGCCUGCAAUUAAUAGUUUGUGUUUUCCCCAAACGGAAUGAUGCACAGAUAUUCAUGGAAAGAUAAUUAGCUUUGUGUCAACAGUAACAUUUCGUACGUACUUGCAUUCAGAUCGGUCUUUUAUUAGCUCCUCAUUUCCUCCUCCCUUUCUCAAAUCCUUGACACUUCCCUGGCGAUUGAUACAUAUGGCUGGGUAGUAAUGACCAGUGGCCCUCCCCUACCAGACACACAUGCCCUUACAUCAUUUCCAUGGACACAUAGUAACGCUGGAUGCAAUGUUCACUGACGUGCUGGUUACUGUCAUGUGUUCUCUCUGCUUUAGCUGCAUGUUUGUUACUUUUAGGCUCCAGCAGCCCUGGUUGGCUGGCCCCGUGACUGGAGGCAAGUGUCCAACACUCGUUUCGAUACUAGAUCGGAUCAGGGGCUGUUUAAAGUUUGGUUGUUCCGCCCACCAGGAGCCUUACUUCUGACUGGCCUAAAAUGUGCAGAAAGAGUGCAGAACAAAAGAUGUUUGUCGCUAGUACAAAAGUACUGAAGCGCUGCGCUCUGGAAGAAGCUGCUAUGUUAAAUCCUGUGCCUCUCAACAGGAAAGAACAGAUAUGUUUCCAAAGGGCACGAAACGCAAGUUUUCUGAUGCCGGGGAUGAAACGACAGACGAGCACCCGGCAAGUGUCAAGAUGCUGUCUUCCUACAACCUGCAGCGUCAGUCCCUGCUGGACAUGUCUCUGAUCAAGCUGCAGCUGUGCCACAUGCUGGUGGAGCCCAACCUGUGCCGCUCCGUGCUCAUCGCCAACACCGUCCGGCAGAUUCAGGAGGAGAUGACGCAGGACGGCAGCUGGCAGAUCAUGACCGAGGCCCUCAACGCCAGCCAGAGCCCAGCUGACCGUCUGGUGGCUACAGAAAUCCUGUGCCGGCCGUCAGGCCGAGACCAGGAUCAGGAGGCCAAACCCUUCUCGGUGAUCGCCUAUGAUGGCUGCCACUCGGAAGAGGUGGUUGUGGAUGACCACCUGUGUUCGGUCUCCUCCGAGGUCCCGUCCACGUACAUGCCAGGCAGCUUAGGUGUGGGUCCAUGGGAGGAAGAGGAGCUGAAAGAAGCCCAUGAGGAGGAUGAAGAUGACAACGGUCUGAGAUCAGGAGGGGAGGAUGAAGAGAGUUUGGAAGCAGACUCCAAGACCACAGAGCAGGUCUUUGGCACGUUCGAGAUCAAGAACCCUAGCCCAGACCCUGCCUUAGAGGAGUUGUUCUCAGACGUAGAUGCCUCUUACUAUGACCUGGACACCAUGCUGACUGGCAUGCAGAGCACGCCCAAAAUGGGGCCUUACGACCUCCUGGAAAGCCUGUCCUCCCAUGGGCCCUCCUCCAUCAGCUCAAACUCCAGCUGUCGACCUGAUCUUAAUGAACUGGACCACAUCAUGGAGAUCAUUGUGGGCUCAUAGAAACGAUCUUCACAGAGACUGUAGAUUUUUCCACAUUUUUCUGUUUGUCUAUUUGUGUAUGUUUACACAUUCACAUGGAAGCAUGUUAAAUCAGAGACCCUCUAAACAAGGUGUAAUUGCCCUACAGUGGGCUGAGAUUCAAUGUGCUGACCAUAAUGGUUUCAUUUGCAUACUUUCUGUAUGUUUUGUUUUAUUUUAUGUGUGCUUUAACUUUUUUUAUUUCACUUUUAAUUUAUUGUCAUUUACUUUAAAAUGUCAUUACACUACAUAAAUUGUGAACAGAAUAAGUCAUAUACCUGAACUUCUAAAGCAACACAUAUUUUCCUAAAAAAAAAAAGAAAAAAUAUUAAAAUAUAUAUAUACGUGUGUAUAUAAAUAUAUAUUUUUACAACACCUACAGCUUGGAAACUGUUACAGUACUAUGAGUUUUUAAAUAUGUUUCUUUUUAUUUUCAGUGUGAGAGGGUUUUAAAAGUAUUGAUUAUUCUGCCAUUGUCAUCCUAUGGUGUCAGUAUGAUUUGGAAGGUGGAUAAAUGUAGUUCAGAUUUGCAAAACAAAUGGCACCGUAAUGUGUCAUUGCUUUGGCAAAAUUUUUACCCUCUCAGAUUCCAGCAGGACACUCAUGAGUCAGACACUUACUAAACAUCUGAAUUAAGUUCUUAUAGCACCUGCUUUGUCUUGCUUUAAGAAGCCAUAUUUUCUUAUAUUUGUAUUGUUACAAAUGAAGAAUUAUGGGUCCGACCCAGUUAAGUUAUUACUUUUUUAAUUUAUUUUAUUUUAUUUAUUGAAUGCAAACUUGUCAGAUAGUCUGGAAUUCUGUUCAGCUCAUGAUAGAAUCAGCUUUUCAUUUAAAGCUUAAAUGCCCACCAUCCUUGCGUCUUCAAAGGAUGGGUCUCAUUUUCUAUGCAGUUAGUGUUACAGUAUGUCUUAAACAGUAUUCAAGUGUAAAAACAUCAAACGAGGGUUCAUAUAAUGUUUUAAUUAUGUUUUAAAUCAUUGACUGACUGAGCAGGUUUCUUGCUUUUUUCAAAAAUAUCUUAGAGAUUCCCCUGAAUUUUAUUCCUUAUUAAGAGAUUCCUUAAGAGAUUACUCAGGCAAACAUUUUGUGUAAAAACAGCCAGUAUUAUGAUUGUUAUUACCAUACUCUCUGAUUGAUGUCAGUGCAGUUUAAACUGCAAAUCAAGCCCACAAA